AUGAAACCCUCUGAUCAUGGCAGUCCUCUGCUUCGUCGAAUAUCUUCCACACCUCACUAUCAAACCUUUGGCGGCAUCACCCCUCCCAAGUCUCGAGGUCGUCCCCUGUCCGAGUCGACCAACUCCUCUAGUAAUGACAUCAAUUCUCACUCCGACAAUGAGCGCCACCACGAAUCCUCUCCUCUACCAAAGAAACAAAUGGCCAUUCUGGCGGUGAUAGCUCUAUGCGAACAGACUGCUCUCAACUCAAUAAGUCCCUAUCUACCGGACAUGGCGUCGACAUUUCCAGAAGUCAAGCCAGGCCAAGUCGGAGUCUACGUUGGUCUCAUCGCUUCGGCCUUCGCCCUUGCGCAGCUAACAACGAAUUUCUUCUGGGGAUGGUUGUCUGAUCGCAUCGGGCGAAAGCCUGUUAUUCUCCUGGGUACACUGUUCACAGCGGCGUGCUUUGUCGCAUUCGGCUUCUGCAGAACUCUCUGGCAGGCAAUACUGGUACAGGCAUUGAUGGGUCUUUUGAACGGGAACCAGGGUGUGGUAUCUACAUGUUUGGGCGAGAUCACCGAUCGGAGCAAUCAAUCACAAGCAUUCACGUACCUUCCUGUGAUAUAUGGCAUUGGUGGAAUCACAGGCCCUGUCAUUGGCGGAAUUUUGGUGUCGCAAAGGAAUCCGUUCGACAAAUCCAAACCGAAUCCAUACCCUUACCUGAUUCCGAAUCUCUUAUCGGCAAGUAUAUUGUGUGUUGAUCUGGUCUUGACGGCGCUCUUCCUUGAAGAGUCUCUGGAGGAAGCACAGUAUCUCGCUCCUUUGGGCACUCGAGUCAAGAACCUCUUUACUUGGAUCUGGGAAUUUACUUCGUCAAGCCGACCGCAUUAUUUGCGACGUCGGGGCAAAUCGCACAGCCAACGCUCGCAGCCGAAUGGUACUGUAGACAUAUCAGACGCGGACGAUGACGAGAGUGACGGGGGCUCUGAAGACGCAGCAUUCAUCGCCAACGCAGAGCAACUCCGCAGCAAGGAUGUCCUUAACCGCGACACUGUGCUUCUUCUCCUGACAUAUCUCAUCUUCCAAUUAUCCAACAUAUCCUUUAACUCGUUAUAUCCAAUCUUUGCACAGGCAAAGCCACCUACAGGACGAAAUCUGCACCCCAACGAAAUAGGGUUAUCACUCGCUUUCGCCGGUCUAGUGACAAUCGUCUUCCAAGUGGGUGUUUUCGGCAAGCUUCGUGACAAGAUGGGGAAUAGAUGGGCGUAUAGAACAGGUCUGGGCGGAUUCGUCAUUGCAUACCUUCUUAUGCCUUGGGUUGGAUACAAGGGCAGCGAUGAUGGCGGCGACGCUUUAUCCUCUGGCGCAGCGUGGCUAUGGUUCGAAAUAUGCCUGGUACUUCUCAUCAAGACUGUGGCAGCGGUCGGGGGGUUGACUAGUGCUUUACUCUUGAUUACAAACUCGGCCCCCAAUCACAAUGUGCUGGGAACAUUGAAUGGCCUUGCGCAAACACUGUCCGCCGCGGGUCGCGCAGUCGGACCUUUCCUUUCGGGUGGCCUCUUUUCACUGGCCACAAAAGUGCGACCAAAGGGUGAAGCUCUGGCAUUCGGUCUUUUCGGGGGAAUCGCCUUUAUUGGUUUCCUCCUCAGUUUCGGGAUCCGUUCCGCUGACCUGGAGGCUGAUGGAUGGGAAACGGGGUCCGAUGUUGAGGACGAUACCAGCGAUAAAUCGGAGGAUGAAGAGACGUGA